AUGGCACAAGUCGCAGUCGCCUCCUCGAGCCGUUUGCCCCUAGACGCGUCUCUCAACCUGCACGCACCCCCUACACCCGCCGCACCCUGUGGCGAGUACGCGCUCGCGCAACUAUAUGGCGACCAAGUCUGCCUAGUGCAGCUCAACGCGCCACUAUCCACCGCACAUGCUCUCUCUGUCGUUGAUGCUACCAUCUAUCGACACGAGUUCAUCAACAUAUUCAGACACUCGCACGACAUUGCAUUACAUCCUUCCGAAGUGCGCGUACUCGAGCUGCUUGGGCCCGCGAGCGUAGCGCGCGACGAAGCCGCGGGGCAGGUUUUCCUUGCGCGCGACGUCAUGGCCCGCCUCGGAGCGUUGAACGACCCGCGUCGGCGAAUGAGUCACGGCCACUCGCACUCCUACUCGAGUUCCAGGGGUCACCUUGCGCGAGAUGCGUACCCUCGCGGCCUUGCCAUCGACUCCGACCCGCGUCUUAGCUCUCUUGCAUUGGCUCACCACCCCUCAUCCGUCCUGCUAUGA